AUGGCCGAGUCAGUUCCAUUUGCUGUUAAUUCAAAUCUCAGGUUGGCUUCCGCAGAUUUUCUUGAAUUUGGAAAGCAUUAUGAAGUGACGGAAGAGUUGGAAGAGCUCAAGAACACUAUUGAAUCCAUCAAUGCUAAGCUCCUUGGUGCCGACGAUAAACAAGAUCAAGAUGAUGGUGUGCGAGUUUGGAUCAGAAGGUUCAAAAAAGUACUCCAUGCUACAGAUGACUCCUUAGAUGAUCUUGCUAUCCAAUUCAGGAGAGACAAAUUGGGUGCAGCAGAAGGAAAAGAAGUAGACAAGGUACUUCUUUCCAUUUCAUCUUCAAAUCAACUACCUUUAUACACUGAAAUGCCUGACAAAAUUAAAGAAAUACGAGAAAGUUUUAAUGGUGUAGUAGAAGACAUGGAUAAAUUGAAUUUAAUCCCAGCUUCUCUGGUUAAGCAAACUAACAGUGAAUGGAGGGAAACAUGUUCUUUUGUGCUAGAAUCUGAUAUCAUUGGAAGAGAUGAUAGUAAAAAGGAGAUUAUUAGUCUGUUGGGACAAACUCAUGAAAACAGAAAAGUUUCUCUGAUUGCUAUUUUUGGCCUCGGUGGCUUGGGGAAGACAACGCUUGCUCAGUUGGUGUAUAAUGACUUGGAAGUGCAGAAUUGUUUUGAAAAGAAAAUGUGGGUGUGUGUCUCUGAUAACUUUGAUGUGAAAACUGUUCUGAAGAAAAUAUUAGAAUCAGUUACUCGUUCCAAGACAGCAGAUGGGUCGUCGUUAGACUACUUGCAAGAAAAACUUCGUGAAAAUUUAAGUGGUAAGAAAUAUUUGUUGGUCCUGGAUGACAUAUGGAAUGAGAGACGUGACAAAUGGAUUGAAUUGAGAAAGUACUUGAUGUGUGGCGCUCAAGAUAGUAAGAUUUUAGUAACAACUCGAAGUGAAAAUGUAGCAAAGGCAAUGUCUGCCAGCACUUCGUAUCCUUUGAAAGGUUUGACUGAUGAAGCAUCUUGGAGUUUGUUGAAGAGCAUUGCAUUUGAGGAUGAUUUCACAGAAGUGAAUCAAAAUCUAGAAUCAAUGGGGAAAGAAAUAGCCAAAAAAUGUAAAGGGGUUCCACUGGCAGUUAAAACCCUGGGAGGCCUCUUAGGAGGACAAAACGAAGAAAGUGAAUGGGAGAAUGUUUUACUUGGUGACUUUUGGAAAUUAUGUGAAAAGCAAAAUAGUAUUAUGCCAAUUCUAAAACUCAGUUACCACAACUUGUCGCCAGAAAUGAAACAAUGUUUUGCUUAUUGCUCAUUGUACCCCAAGGAUUCAAAAAUUCGAAAGGAUGAGUUGAUUCGGUUAUGGAUGGCACAGGGUUACCUUAAAUGUUCAACCGAAAGACAGCAGAUGGAGGAUGUGGGUAAUCAAUUUGUAAAGAUGUUUCUGAUGAACUCAUUUUUUCAAGAUGCGAAACGUGCGGACGGUGAGAUCAUUAGCUUCAAAAUGCACGAUUUAAUGCAUGAUCUUGCAAUGCAUGUUGCUGGCAAUGAUUAUUGUUACUUGGAUGGUAAGGCAGAAAAAGUUGAAGGUAGACCCAUGCAUGUAUCAUUGAAAUACAAUGCCAUUCAUUUGUUGAAAUCAUUAGAUCCGAGCAGGCUGCGAACUUUGAUUUUUCCGUAUUGCUUCGAAGAAGAGGAAUAUUUGUCGGUUAUUGCAAAGUUCAAAUACUUACGUGUCUUGAAGUUGGAUCAUCUCUCUGAUUCCACUGAACAUUUGAAGCAUUUAAGAUACCUUGCUUUAACGCAACAAAGUCUUCCCAAAUCCAUGAGCAAUCUUGUUUUCCUACAAACAUUACAAUUAAAGAAGUGCGACGAAGAAUCAUUUUCAGAAGUAGUCACAAAAUUAGUCAAUCUGAGGUGCCUUGAUAUCGAUGAUUAUGACUCCUUGCGUGGGAUGGCAAUUGGGUUGGGAAAAUUAUGCUCUUUGCAAUUUUUGUCGACCUUCGUUGUGGGAGACAGCCAAGAAACAAAAUAUGCCACAUUAAAUGAACUGAAGGACUUAAACCUAAUAAGAGGCAAAUUAGAAAUUGUGCAUCUGAAUCGUGUGAGAGACGUGGCUCUGGAAUCACACUACGUAAACUUAAAAGAAAAAAAAUUCCUUCAAUUCUUGACUCUGGAUUGGUUGGAUUAUUUGUCGGAUGAUGAUUGUUUGGAUGAAGACAUCGGUAACAGUGACAGCUUGCAAUUAUUGGAAAACCUUCAGCCCCACGGUAAUCUUAAGCGAUUGACGGUGAAUCAUUAUCCAGGCGUGCUUUUCCCAAGCUGGCUUUCUCUCCUCACAAAUGUUGUUAAUAUCCGUCUCUAUCAUCUUCCUAAUUGUGGCUGUCUCCCACCGCUGGAACGUCUCCCGUCCCUGAAGUCCCUUGAUAUACGGUUUCUUCAUGAAUUGGAAUAUAUAUAUCUCUGCGAAGAUGGCUUUGCAGUAACCUUCUUCCCCUCUCUAGAGAGCCUCAGUUUAGAAGGUUGUCGGAAUUUCAGGGGAUGGCGGAGGCCGAGAGAUGAUAUCAAUGAUUCACAUAAUCUCUCCUUACCUCUUUCAUUUCCUCAUCUUUCUCAACUAUUUGUCUCGACAUGUCCACAGUUGACUUGUAUGCCUACUUUUCCAAACGUUAAGGAUUUAAAAUGGUACAAAUGCAGUGCGGAGCCAUUAAUAGGAACACUAAACACAACAGCGUCAACAUGUUCAGCUGACUCAUCUUCCUCCGCUACCCCUCUUUCCAUGCUCGAACGACUGUCAAUUUCUGAUCCUAUGAAUUUACCAAAGGGUUGGAUGCAAAAUCUGACUUCUCUCGAGUCUCUUCAAAUUCAAUUAUGUGAUAGUGAAACACUUGAAGAAUUUGAAACUGGGUUUAAGGACGACACCAACUGCCUUCCUUCUCUGCGAAAAAUCAGCAUAAAUUUUUGUGGAAGGCUAAAGGCUUUGCCAGAUUGGAUUUGCAACCUCUCAUCGCUUCAGCAUAUCACAAUCUCAAACUGCUCAAAACUGGCAUCGCUGCCCGAAGGAAUGAGUGGUCUUACCAAUUUAAAGAUCUUUGAGGUCUGGGGACCUUCCGUCUUACUUAAUGAAUGCCGAAGAAAGACAAGUGCCGUUAGUCGCCAAAUCGCACACAUCCCACAAAUAUUCCUUAGUUGA